UUUGGGUGGCAAGGGGCUUGCUUGCGGACAGUCCAGGCUGCAGUUGCAGUGUUGACAGUGAGCCUGACUGUGGGUGUGGACGUUGAGAGGUGUCCCCCCAGAACCCAGAACCUGUGAAAUGCGGGGUGACUGCGGGGGUCAUGGGUGUGGGGAGGCAGGGCCCCUGGGGGCAGGGUGUUGCUCCAGGAUCCUGCAGAAGGUUGGGAGUGGGACUUCUCAGACCCCCUUACGAGGCCCAGCACUGGAGCCUGGAGCAGACGUUUGGGGUCCCCUUGGCCUCAGAUCUCACUCUGCCACUGGCCAGCCAUCAGGAACCUCAGGCCAUUCCAGCCAUUCCAGCCACAGGCCUCUAUCUUCAUGUCAAAGACCACAAGGGCAGGAAGAGGGUGUGGGCCAAUGUGUGAGUGGUCCCUGGGGGAUCUGACAGGGCCCUUGCUGGAAGUGCCUUCUGGAAACUCGUAGGGACAGUCAGGCUCCCCAGGGGAGGUCUCUCUCCACCACUUAGCUCUGCAGGGCCCCCAUGCCGGUGAUGGGCUCCCUCCGUCCUCUGAUGUCUGAGGAAGCUGGUGACCCGGUGCCAAUUCCCACAGUCCUUUGUUGACUGUACAGACACAAAAGGAUCUGCUGCGCGCGCACGCACGCGCACACACACACACACACGAGCGUGCACACGCACCCCGUGAAGAGCCACUCCCCUACUUCCCACCCCAGCAGUGACUUGGAUGGGGGAGGGACUUUCCUCCACCACUGCCUGGGCCCAUGAGCACCCCAGGUCCUGCAGGAGCUGCUCCCUGGGCUGCGUGGGCAUGGGAGGUGGGCUGAGGCUCCACUCACUCUGGAGGGAGGCUGGAUCCUGGAGAUGAAGUGGGAGGGAAGGGGGGGGCAGCAGCCAGAGGGAACACUGGGCGAAGGCAUCCCUUCCCGAGGGGCAGUGGGGCCACUGGACGACCAGGCCACUUGUGUUUGAGGAUGAUGCCCGUGAGUGUGGCAUCUCCUGUGAAGAGUAGCUGGGUGUGGGGCUUGAGGGUCUAGACCUCAGGGGAGUGGGGUUGCACGAGGGGAAAUAUUCUGUGGGUCCAGGCACCACCCUCUGCUAGGUAUUUCCUGCUGUCCAGUUUCUCACUGUGAAAGAUAACGAUGCAAUAAACCCCUUUGGUCAGGUUUUUCUCCAUAUUUUGGAUAUUUGGGGGCUUUGGAGGUGACUCUGGAACCCCCUCAGGGGGCCCCCCAGACCCCCUGGCCUAUGGGGGAGCUGGGGGUGCUGCCUGCUGUCUGCCACUGGCUGUUUCCCUGGCCUGUUAUUUCCACCCUGAGCUGGGGGCAAGAGUCACUGGGGCCAGGAGACAGGAGAAAUCCAGGUCCUGCCCUGGGCUCCCAGGUGGGCUGGGAAGGCUGGGGGUCAGAGGGUGGGGUGGAGGGUGAACUGACUCUGGAGGAAGGUGCAGGACUCCAGGAGGGAGGGGAGAGGCUUGGAGGGAGUGUUCAGACCGCCUCCUGGUGCCGGAGGCCUUCUGGCCUGUGGGGACCUCGCGACCGAGGCUGGGCCUCACAGGCCGCCUUGCAGCUCAGCCUACGACACGCGGCUGCGCCAGAGGGUGGCGGUGAAGAAGCUGUCGCGCCCCUUCCAGUCGCUCAUCCAUGCGCGGAGGACGUACCGCGAGCUGCGGCUGCUCAAGCACCUGAAGCACGAGAACGUCAUCGGGCUGCUGGACGUGUUCACGCCGGCCACCUCCCUCGAGGACUUCAGCGAAGUGUACCUGGUGACCACGCUGAUGGGCGCCGACCUGAACAACAUCGUCAAGUGCCAGGCGCUGAGCGACGAGCACGUUCAGUUCCUCGUGUACCAGCUGCUGCGCGGGCUGAAGGUGGGCGCGGAAGCGGGGGGCGGGCGGGGGCGCAGGGGGCAGAACCUGACGCCCCCGCCGUCUCCCCCUCGCAGUACAUCCACUCGGCGGGGAUCAUCCACCGGGACCUGAAGCCCAGCAACUUGGCUGUGAACGAGGACUGCGAGCUGCGGAUCCUGGACUUCGGGCUCGCGCGCCAGGCGGACGAGGAGAUGACUGGCUACGUGGCCACGCGCUGGUACCGGGCCCCUGAGAUCAUGCUGAACUGGAUGCACUACAACCAGACAGUGGACAUCUGGUCUGUGGGCUGCAUCAUGGCCGAGCUGCUCCAGGGAAAGGCCCUUUUCCCAGGAAAUGACUACAUCGACCAGCUGAAGCGCAUCAUGGAGGUGGUGGGCACACCCAGCCCUGAGGUUCUGGCAAAGAUAUCGUCGGAACAUGCCCGGACCUACAUCCAGUCCCUGCCCCACAUGCCCCAGAAGGACCUCAGGAGCAUCUUCCAUGGAGCCAACCCCCUGGCUGUGGACCUCCUGGGACGGAUGCUGGUGCUGGACAGUGACCAGAGGGUCAGUGCAGCCGAGGCCCUGGCCCAUGCCUACUUCAGCCAGUACCACGACCCCGAGGAUGAGCCCGAGGCCGAGCCCUACGACGAAAGCGUUGAGGCCAAGGAGCGCACGGUGGAGGAGUGGAAGGGUGGGCCUGAGGGCUGCGUCCCCCAGAGGCUGAGCGCUGCCUGUUUUCUGCAGGAAGUGCUCCAGUUUCUCUUGAGAGUGGUCUGAGCGAGGCCACGACACGGCCCCCCAGCCCCACUCUAGGGGGUCAGGUAGAGCUGGGGUUGGGUGUGUCCAGCAGAGGCUUGGGGGCAGCACGGGGCAGGCCCGGGAAGGGGCCUAUGGGCCAAGGCUGCUCUCGGAGGGUGGUGGGCCUGGGCUGCUGAAGGCCUGAGCUCACCCUUCCUCCUCCCCUCGCAGAGCUCACCUACCAGGAAGUCCUCAGCUUCAAGCCCCCAGAGCCACCGCAGCCGCCUGGCAGCCUGGACGUUAAGCAGUGAGGGGAAUGCGGCUCGCCAGCCGCACUCGGACCCGAGGAGGGGCCUGAGCCCGCCUGCCCUCCCGCCUCGGCCCGCCAGACUCCCACGAGGGGCACCUCCCAACACCACUGCGGCCAGCAGCGCACACCCCUGGCCUGGGACCCUUGUCUACACGCCGCGCCUUGUGGGAAGCCUGCACGUGUGUGAGCCACGGGUGUAGGAGUCUGGAUAGAGCAUGCUGGACUUCCUUGGUCCUCCUACCCCCUCCCAGCAACCUGGGUCUCCUUUGGGACCUCGCUAUGGGGGA